AUGGGGUGGUUGACUGGGUCGGCAGGAGGCUCGGAAGCGGCGCGGGCGUACAGGGUAGAGAGCCCGGGUCUGGAGCGUACCGCGUCUGGUAUACGCUGUAAUAAUAGUCUCGGAAACCAGGAGCUGCGUGACUGUGCUAAGAAGGACUAA